GCGAGCCUAGCCCGCCCUCUUCCGCUGCGGCGCUGGGAAUGGAAACAUCUGCGCCACGUGCCGGAAGCCAGGUUGCGGCGAAAACAGCACGCCACUCCUUGUCCUACGGCGCUGAGCCUCCGCGGGAGUCAUCGCGAGACGAGAUCGCUGAAAUGGCCGCGUCCAGUCAAGGAAAUUUUGAUGCAUUAGACCUUGCAGAACUUGCUAAAAAGCAACCAUGGUGGCGCAAGCUAUUUGGCCAGGAGUCUGGGCCCUCAGCUGAAAAGUAUAGCGUGGCAACCCAGCUGUUAAUUGGAGGUGUCACUGGAUGGUGUACGGGUUUCAUAUUCCAGAAGGUUGGGAAGUUGGCUGCAACAGCUGUGGGUGGAGGAUUUUUUCUCCUUCAGGUUGCAAACCAUACUGGGUACAUCAAAGUUGACUGGCAACGCGUAGAGAAGGACAUGAAGAGAGCCAAGGAACAGCUGAAGAUCCGUAAGAGCAACCAUUUACCUACAGAGGUGAAAAGCAAAGCUGAGGAGGUGGUGUCAUUUGUGAAGAAGAAUGUUCUAGUGACUGGAGGAUUUUUUGGAGGCUUUUUGCUUGGCAUGGCAUCCUAAGGAGGACGACUCAUUGUUCCUGCUUUUUCCAACUAGCUGCCUCUUCACUCCAUCAUAGGACAUCAAGUCUUCUCUUCCUCCUCCUCUUCUCCUGUGCCUUUCUCCCCGCUGCAGCAUAUCUUGAACGGCUUCUGUAGGCAUCUGUUGGUACAAACUGAUACGGCCCUACUGUGAGCCUCAUGACAACAACGGAAGAGACAAUAGACAUUAACUCUCCUCCCAGAACACUCCCUAUUUGACUAAUCUGUAGGUCAACAGGAAUGUUCCUUUCCCCCUACGUAAGAUACUUACUAGAACUUACUGCAAGAUGGCUCACCAUGGACGAUGAGUGGAUCCUCAAAAGUUGUCCCAAACAAUUUGGAAAAGGCAUAACAAGCACAUAGAUAACCAUCUUAUGUGCUGCAUGGAAAGGAACUGAAUACAUUUGCCUUUAAGCAUGAAAGAUUUUGGUAUCUUGGUGUCUACUUUCUUUUUUAGUUGGUUUUAGAUUAUAGAAACAGAGAUAUUUAUACCUGAUAAAUUAACCUGACAGAAUAAUGGCACAAGUACUAUAAUUGAAAAAUUAUGAAUGUAGAAUGAACUUGUACUAAAGGUAUAUAUGCUGAACAGAAGAUACUGUGUUUGGUGGGAAAAUCUUUAGGGAAAUAACCAAUAGGUACAUCGUUGGAUAGUCAGAGUUAAUCAUUCAGGGGCAUUAAGAUAUUAUCCAGGAGGUGGGGGUUUCUACCAUAUAGGAUAAUGCUCAUGACUAUUCCCAAGGGUUUGUUUAUGGUAAAAGAAGUGACUUUAGGUGGGAGAAGGAAGAAGCUUUUGGGCUUUUCAUAAAAAAGAUUUUAGGCUUUGAAUUGUGAAGUAUUCUUUACUUGUCAAAACAUUGGAUGGUCAUAGUUCCUCUGCCAAUUCUAUUUCUUUGUCCAGUUAGCAUAAAAUACAUAACAUUUGAACCAGAGUUUUAAAGAGAUAGCAUUUUAGAUUUUCAGGAUUGAGAAUGGUGGCAAUAGCAUAUGUAAAAUAAAUUAUUCACAUCGUGAA